CAUCUUAGACACCACACCACGUGUUCUAAAGAUUUACAUACCUUACCUGAUUUCUAAAAAUAAAAUUUACUUGGGUCUUCAUUGGGAUUCAAACAUAGCAAUUGCACCUCAAUCAAAUGCUAGGCCUCAAGCUUCAAGACAAUCCGCAAUUAGUCCAAUAUUAUCAGUGAAUUAGUGAUGUCAUCACAGGCAUAAUAUUCAGUGUUUUAUUUAAAUUAAAAAGCUAAGCAUGGAUUAGGAAACAACAAUUCAUUGGUUAAAAAGAGACACCAAAACCUCAAGAGCUUCUUUUUAUUUCCAUUGUUCUAUAUGGGGUCCUCUUGGGUUUGUGUGGUAGGAGGUAGCUUCGCUAGCAGUCCCUGUGGAAAUGUUCUCAUUUGUCUAUAAACAUCUACUGCGAUCAACCAUUACAAAGGAGCAAACUUAAAAGAGAGAUAGUGAAUUGAGAUUGUUAAAUGUAGGUGUGGAGGUGUUGAAAUAAAUGGACGUUGUAAUGAUGUGGAUGGUAAAUACCUCUCUGUUUUGCACAGGCCCUAUGAUACACUACAUGAGUACUUUAGUCGCAAUAAAGCUUUGGGUGUAUCAUGUAUGCUAUCUUUUAAAUACAAAUUAUUGGUGAAAAUACAGAGGUGAAUACCUGAAAUGGCUGACCUGCUUAUAAAUUAUACCAAAAUAAUCGCCGAAGGAAAGGAACCUAAAGUACAUGGAAGGUGGAAGGCUAAAGUGAGCAAUCAGGAGAAAAAUAAUAAUCUGAUAUGUGCAAUGCACCUGAAAUGAAAGCAGAUAUAAAUCUAUUUUAACGAAAACAUAAAUAAAUCUAUUUUGAUGAAUUGCUCACAGUUGAAGCCUAAGACUGGUCAUUCGUUGCAAUAGAAGCACUUCUCAUUGUAGGUUCCAUGGAGGAUAUCUGAGAUUUCUUGCUUACCUCUCUCUUUGCCCAUCGAGAGGGGUUAAAAAGAGAGUGAAAGUUUUUUUAUCCUGUUCAUUAUUAUUAUGCAAAGAUCCUAAGCCUUCCCCAAAUUGUUUAAAUUCAAAUAAAUAGUCAUAAUCAUAACAUAUAAACAAAACAAUCCAAUUUCUAUAAAAAUAAUAGAUGUGCAUGUACUGGAAAAAGUGUAUACAUAUCAGAAAGCUCAUGAUAACAAAUUCAAGCCAAUUAGACGCUAUAGUGUACACUUAUAUUGCAGAUUUUUAUUGUCUUUCAAGAGCUUACCUCCAGCUCAUGCUCCUCCUCCAUCUUCAACAGACAACUUCGACUCAAGGAAAUCUAGAGGAACAAAAGGAUUAUUCAAAUUGUUGGCUAGGUUCAAGGGAACCCAAUGCAGGUAGUAUACCAUACCUGAUCAAGAUUUUAAAUCUAAAAACACAUUAAACAUAAAAGUCAGAAUAAAUUUGAAGACCAAAUAAAUGCAAACCAAGAAAUUCAAUUUUAGACAAUCCUUAAAAUUGAAGACGAACAGCCUGAGGCAUGUACCUUUUCAGCAUAUUUCAAGCCAAAUCUGGUUACUCCGUAUUUGAAAUCAUGAAAAAAUGAAGCUCGUGCAGUGGAGGAAGGAAGACGAACAGCCUGAGGAAGCAGACGGUCGCCGAUUAAAUCCUUAGAUUCAUCAAAGCUGUUAGAAGAAUCGGGCAGGCAUUACGGAGAGGAAGAAGUGUGGUGGAACUCUUGCGCUAGACGACUGUUGAUGGCCGCUGGGAACUCUUGAUCGCCGUUGAUUGUAAACCCAAAGAGGCAAAAUGGAUGGGAAAUAGAAGGGACGGCAGUGGAUAGCAAUCACCAUUUGAAGUUCCGUUAUUUGAUGGAAGAGUGGACUUCAUGUUAUGGCAAUGCACGAUUCAAGACUAUUUGGUCCAGCAAGGUUUUGAAUUAGCAUUACAAGAUGAGAAGCCAAGUGAUAUGAAAGAAUCAGAGUGGAGUAUAAUCCAGAAGAAGGCUGUCAGCACAAUUCUGUUGGCACUGUCCCCACAGAUUAAAGUGACAGUGCUGAAAGAGACAUCACCAAAGAAGCUGUGGGAAACGUUGGAGAGCAAGUUUGCGUCGAAGACACUUACUAACCGGUUGAUGAUGAGGAUGGACUUGUACUCACUGAAGAUGGAAGAGGGAGUGCUGAAAGAGACAUCACCAAAGAAGCUGUGGGAAACGUUGGAGAGCAAGUUUGCGUCGAAGACACUUACUAACCGGUUGAUGAUGAGGAUGGACUUGUACUCACUGAAGAUGGAAGAGGGAGGUAGCGUAACUGAUCACAUCAACAAGUUUAAUGAGCUAGUAUCAAGGCUGUUAAAUGCAGGGGAAACUAUCAAGGAUGAAGAGCAAUGGCUGCUUCUACUGGCUUCACUACCAAAAUCCUUUAAGCCGUUUGUGCAGUCAAUGAUUGCAGGAAGGACUACACUGCGACUAGAUGAGGUGACGACUGCCUUGAAGGAGAGUCAAAGGAUGAUGGGAGGUGAAGAGUCUUCUGGGGACAAUCAUUUACUAGCUGCUAACGGUUGUCCAGAACUCAAGGAGGAUUUGCAGACCCUAAAGGAGAAGAAGGGCAAAUCAAAGGAAGCUUCUUCCGCAAAUGUGAUCACUUAUGAAGAUGAUCUCUUCUGAAGAUAAGAGUACUGCUGGACAAAAGAUUGUGCAGGAUGGGAGUAUCGCUGCAGAAAUCGCAUAUGAUGUAGGACUUUGAAUUAAGGGGAGAUUUGUUGAGUGUUACUUCAAAGUCCCACAUCGGUGGGAUAGGAAAAUUGAGGAGGGAUUGGAGCCUAUAAAUAGAGAGGGGGUAU